AGGGAGAUUUUUAACUUGUUUCUUUUUAGAAAGAGAAAUCAUUAUGAGCUAUGGAUCUAAGAAGUACAGAGCUCCUAAUGUUGUAUUCUUUGAUCUAGAAACAACAGGAUUUGACCGGCCUAUAAGACCUGUACAGAUAGGAGCAAUAGAUAGCUGGGGAGCAAACACUUACAACCAAUUCGUCUGGCCUCGUCGACAUGUUCAUCCUAAAGCAACCCUUACUAAUAAAUUCUACGUCAGCAGAGGGACUCUGUUUCGCCAGGGGGAAGGAGCUCUGGAUACUACAGAUCUCGAGGAUGCUCUUUAUUCAUUCUUAGACUGGCUUUCCUCACUUGGAGGAAACGUCGUGCUGGUUGCCCACAAGUGCCUGGAUUACGAUGCUAAAGUUUUACUUCGGAACUUAGAGGAGUUUAAUAUACCCUAUGAGCACGUUAUUCUUGGUUUCUCGGACAGCCUUCUAGCGAGCAGAGAUCUGUAUCCUGUUGCUCCCUCACACAAACUAUCUUCAAUGUUAGGUGAGGUUGGACUGCCAAUCAGAGAGUCUCACGACGCUCUAGUCGACGCCGACGAUUGUAGACGUAUUUGUCGACGAAUGGCCGGCCAGCGUAGGUUAAAAUUUCUGGAUUUUGUGUUUGAUGAGAAGUGGUAUCAUACCCUAGAUGAUCAGUGGGAGUGGACCUUCCCUGGAGGCGUGGUGACGGUUUAGAUCAAUCCGGAUACGUCCAGCCUAGAAACUCCACAUCCGGAUUUCUAAUUCCACACUCACUAUAAAAAAUCUCUAUCCCCGAAUUAAGAAUAUAAACAUUUCGGAUGCAAUUUGAGCUGGGGUUAUAAAAUCAUCAACCCAGAUCCGAUGAUGAUUAUCUUGAUAAAUUGCACAUGUUCACAAAAGUUUUUUGCGAAUUAAUUCACACUAUAAAAUUAUUAUCCGGAUAAAUUGCACAUUUUUGCACAUUGAAUGUCAAUCCGUUUUCAUUUGUAUCCAAGAAGCACCCUGUGAUAUAUAGAAGGGUUUAAAUGUAACCAAAAUAUUGUCAUAAAUUAAAAAACUACCGUAUUGCUACUGGGAAAUCCCCCCCCCUCCCCGACCAACGUGUUUGUUUCUUAUUUAAUGCUAAUCUAAAUGAAUUGAACAUUAUGAUAUUAUUGUAUUUUAUUCUCUUGCAUGCUUAACUUUAAAAUAUAUUUAUUAAAAAGAU